AUGAAUAAUGCGCCGGUUCGUGUUCGACCGCUUCGGAUUACCGCUAGCUGCAAGCAGUUGUCAUUUUUACACUCGAUUCAGUGGAAGAUGCCUGCCAACCGAAGUUGGAUGAAGGCGCACCGGCGCUCUGCAGAGUUUCGAAGUGGCGUUGACGAGUUCGUUGCGGUAGCAACGAACCACGUGAACGCUGACGGAUUAGCUCGAUGCCCAUGCAUGCGGUGUUUGAAUGUGAAUUUUCACACACCUGCAACUAUAAGGGUUCAUUUAUUUCUCAGCGGGAUCCAACCUUCGUACAACCCCUGGUAUUUCCACGGGGAGACUUUCUCUCAGCCCGCAGUUGAACUUCCUGAAAAUGACGAAGAGGAAAUGGCAGAUGUGUUGGCGGACAUGUUAAGAGGGGACCCUGGGUUUGACGAAUCUGCUAACACUACUGAUUCUUUCAAUGAACCCCCUAUCAACGACAACAACAAGUUCGAUGACUUGUUUAAGGAGAUGGAGGCUGAGUUAUAUCCAGGUUGCAAAAAGUCAGCCCUUAAUGCACUGGUAAAGCUUAUGCACUGCAAGGUUUUGAAUAGGUGGAGCAACCACUCUUUCGAUAUGUUGCUGUCCAUCUUGAUUGAUCUAUUUCCAGAGGGGACAAAAUUACCGAAGUCGCAUUAUGAGUCGAAGAUGCGAUUGCGCAAUCUAGGUUUGGGUUACGACUCAAUAGAUGUGUGCAAGUAUAAUUGUGCUAUUUUCUGGAAGGAGAAUGAGAAGAAGGAGUUUUGCCCUGUAUGUGGCGAAUCACGAUGGGUGAAAAGAAAGGGUAAGGGGAAAAAAGUUCCUCACAAAGUUAUGCGUUACUUCCCACUCACACCUAGGCUGAAACGAUUAUAUUGCUCAAGACACACUGCGGAGGAUAUGCGGUGGCAUUACUCGCAGAGACCAAAAGAAGACGGUGUGCUUAGGCAUCCUGUGGAUGCUGAAGAAUGGAAGCAGUUUGACCGCCUUCAUCCGUCUUUUGCUGUUGAACCUAGAAAUGUCAGACUGGGAUUGGCGACUGACGGUUUUAAUCCAUUUGGCCACAUGAGCAACUCUUACAGCCUGUGGCCAGUUAUUUGUGUCCCAUAUAAUUUGCCACCGGUGAAAUGUAUGAGUUCUGAAUCGUUGUUGUUGACCUUAUUAAUUCCAGGUCCAUCAUCUCCUGGGAAAGACAUAGAUGUAUUCAUGAGACCGUUAAUUGAUGAACUGAAACAGUUGUGGGAGACGGGUGUUGAAACCCGAGAUGCCUACAACGGAACUGUGUUUUCAAUGCGUGCGGCAGUGUUGUGGACAAUAAAUGACUUUCCUGCUUAUGCUCUAAUGUCUGGUUGGAGCACAAAAGGGUAUAUGGCGUGUCCCACUUGCAAUGAACAUACUCCUUCCAUUGGCCUAAAUAGUAAGAUUGGAUAUGUUGGCCACAGACGCUUUCUCGAAAUGAGUGAUCCGAGAAGGAGAAGCAAAAAGUACAAUGGUAAGCCUGAGAAGAGAGCACCACCUCCUGUAUUGACGGGGGAUGAUAUUUUAUCUCAAUUAGACCGAAUUCCAUUGACUUUGCCUGGAAAACACAAACAGUUCGGGGGUGUGAAACGGAAGCGUUCUAGUGAAGAGCUCAAUUGGUCUAAAAAAAGUAUUUUUUUUGAGCUUGAGUACUGGAAGUCAAAGUCCUUACGACAUAAUCUUGAUGUAAUGCACAUUGAGAAAAAUGUGUGUGAUAGCUUAGUAGGUACUCUUCUAAGUAUCGACGGGAAGUCAAAGGAUACCGACAAGGCGAGAAUGGAUUUGCAAGACUUGCAAAUACGACGAGAGUUGUGGUUGUAUGAAGACCGGAAUGGGAAGUGGAAGAAGCCUCCAGCUAGUUACACACUUAGUGUUCAAGAACGGAUUGAAUUUGCAGACUUCAUAAAGUCUGUACGAUUUCCUGAAUCGUGCCCGUCCGGAAGGCUCUAUUGCGAAUCUUUUGUGGUUAAUGAGGCAUUAACCUUUUGCUCAAUGUACUUUCGGGAAGUGGAAACUCGAUUCAACCGUCCUGACCGGAACAAUGACAUUGUCCAAAACAUGCCAACUCGACAAUUUUCUGUAUUCAAGCAUGUUGGCCGACCCCUCGGUAUGAGGACAGUCGACACCUUACCCAUGCAAAGCAAGCGUAAGGCGGAGUGGUACAUUUUGAACAAUUGCACAGAGGUUGAACCGUAUAUCAAUGAGCACAAGGAGUUGCUUCAAGCAAGGGGUGUAUGCAAUAUUGAGACAGUGCAAGAGACUGAGUUCCCUGAAUGGUUCAAAACUCAAAUUAAUGAACUACGGUUGAGCAACCAGGGUGCAGUGUCAGAUGAGUUGUAUGCUAUCGCUAACCCAGCGAAUACAGCAAUUUAUUUAUAUCCAGGGUGCAUAGUGAACGGUAUUAAAUUUUUGGUCAAGGAAAGGGAUGAUAACCGCAAAACACAGAAUAGCGGUGUCAUGGUCCCCGGUGAAGAUGGCCAAAAUUUUUACGGCACACUUGAAAAAAUUAUGGAGUUCACUUAUUUGAAAGAUUGCAGUGUUCUCUUAUUUUUUUGUAAGUGGUUUGACACUAACGGGAGUAGAAUGGAUAGUGACGGUGUUAUUACUAGCAUCUGCGUCAACCGACAGUGGUACCAAAAUGAACCGUUCAUACUUGCAUCUCAAGCAAAAUUGAUCUACUACAUUCCUGAUUUAAAGAACGGUAAAGACUGGCUGAUUGUAAAUGAGUACAUACCGCGCAAUGUUUGGGACUUCCCGGACACGGAUGGGGAGACACCCUUUGUACAGGAAAACAAUUCAGCUGAAACCGAGUUCGUUGUUCAACUUCCACAGUUGGAUGAUGUUGACUAUGUUCGCCAUGAUGUCGACCCAACUGAAGUUGCAAACAUCCAUCGUGUGAAUUCACAGCCUCAACAAUUAGAUGAUUUCAUUGUCGAUGAUGACAACGAGGGUCUAAAUACCGAAGAAGACAACUCCUUAGAAUUAGAGAGUGACAGUGAUGAUAAUGCUGUAUAUGUAACUGAUGAUGAGGAUGAUGAAUUGUAA